AUGAGCAAGAGGACCCUAUCCUUGCUCCAGCGUCUCGCCAUGCAGAGUCUGCUGAGCCACCCGGCCCUGGCCAACUCUGCCCUAGAUGAUCUGCCUGUGCUGUUUUUCCCUUCGCUGUUUAUGGAGGCCUAUGUUGGGGGCCACAGAGAGGUGCUGAAGGCAAUGGUUCAGGCCUGGCCCUUCCCUUGCCUCCCCCUGGGGGACCUGGCACAGCCACAAGACCUGGAAAUCUUCAAGGCUCUCCUGGAUGGGCUAGAUUUGCUACUUAGCAACAAGGAGCGCCCAAAUCGGUGGAAACUACAAGUCGUUGAUCUGCUGGGUGAGCACCCAGGCAUUUGGACCCUGGGGUACCCUGCCAUGGCACAAAUCUCCUAUCCAGGGUUCCCGCCAGGUGAGUUAAGAGCAAGUCCCUGGACAGGAAUGGGUGAAGAGCAACCCUUGAUGAUCGCCAUGGACCUGACCAUCACCGAUAGCCCUAAGAAUGAUCUCCAAGCCUUCCUGCUCCAGUGGGCCUGGGAGAGGAGAGAACGAGUCCGGCUGUGCCCCAGGGUGCUGGAGAUUCUGUCUGACUCCAGCUCUGAAACCCAGAAGGCUCUGCAAGUUGUGAAUCCGGACUCAAUACUGGAACUGCUGGUGAGUAAAUUGUGUCUCGGAGAAACCGUACAAACCUUUUCUUCUAUCCUGAGCCAGAUGAAGAAACUUCGCAUCCUGAGUUUCUGCAAUACGUGUGCCCACUUCGACACUUCCAGCUCCCCAAAUUCCUCCCUCCAACUGGGGGCACAUCUGGGGCAGCUGCAGCGUCUCCAGGAGGUGCGUAUGCAAGAAAUUGUCUUCCUUGGUGGAAAGCUACCCGCCAUUUUCAGGAGCCUGCCCCCUUUGAAGGACUUGUUUCUGAGCUCUUGUAACCUGCAGGAAGCUGACCUGAGGUUUCUGUCCCGGUGUCCCUGCACCAGGCAGCUCAAGCACCUGUGGCUGAAGAAUUUGUCUAUGAAAAGCUUCAGGCCCGAACUCCUGAGAGCCCUGUUGGAACAAGUGGCCGGCACCCUGGAGACCCUGGCAUCCCGUGCAAAACCCAUCACAAGUCGAGAAUGUAUCCUCUCUGGAAAGAAAUAG